AUGCCUCGCGAUCGGCCCGCGACGACGGGCUACGAGCGCCUUGCUCAGGCCGACCGCUUCAGCGACGACUCCGACGACGACCACCCCCUCGCCGAAUCCUCCGCCUCCCUCCAACCCGCGUCCGCGCCGCGAUAUGCACCCAUCACGCAGCCCCGUCACCGGUCCGGCGUCGCCAGCCCCAAGGCCAAGCCCAAGUUUCGCCGGCGCGUGGGCAGCAACUCGGGCGUCGACAUCAAGGCCAUCAACGCCCGUCUGGAGCGUUGGGCCGACGAGAUUGCCUCCCGCUUCAAGCGCGGCAAGGGCAAGCACCACCUAGGCGAAGAAGACCGCCUCGAAAUCCACCACUCCGUCUUCCAGCCGCCCGAGGGGGUCCGCCCCGUCACGCCAGAGGGACUUGCUGAGACUUCGGACGGCGUCAUGACCAAGGCCGAGUUUGACGCCGUCGUUGAGAGCGUGCGCUCGGCUAUCCGUCAGGAAAUCCACCCCAGCAUGAUAUCGCAGGGUAGCUCAGGCAGCUACUUUGCCCGAAACGCCGAUGGCAAGAUUGUUGGUGUAUUCAAGCCCAAGGACGAGGAGCCAUACGCAGCCGGAAAUCCCAAGUGGAAUAAAUGGAUCCAUAGGAACCUGUUUCCUUGCUGUUUUGGUCGAGCUUGCCUCAUCCCCAACCUGUCAUAUGUCAGCGAAGCCGCCGCCUACGUGCUCGAUGCACAGCUCCGAACCAACCUCGUGCCCUAUACCGACGUCGUCUGGCUAUCGUCCAAAUCCUUCCACUACCCAUUCUGGGACCGCCGGAGCUUCUACCGGAAGAAGAAGCCGCUGCCUCCGAAGCCUGGAAGCUUCCAGGUGUUCCUCAAAGGCUUCAAGGACGCCAAUGUCUUCCUGCGAGAGCACCCCUGGCCGGAUCAGUACUGGUCUGGUUUCCGAACCAACGAUACGCACCGGCAUAGAAAGAAGAGGUGGACGGAAAGCUGCCGGCCGUCCACAUCCGGGUCGCCCGACGAUGCCGACUCCAGCGACGACGAACAACCGAGCUCACGAGAGGAGCCUGCGGGGCCGCCACGCUUCACUUGGACGGAGCCGCUGAAACAGUCGUUUCGGGAAGAGCUCGAGAAGCUGGUCAUCCUAGACUACAUCAUGCGUAACACGGAUCGAGGGCUCGACAACUGGAUGGUCAAGGUCGACUGGGAGUCUGGGCAGGUAUCGCUUGCGUCUGAACCCGUUCAUCUCAACAUGGACCCUCCAUCUGAAGGAAAUGGACCCCGGCCCGUCGACGCGUCUCAAAUGCCACCCUCUGCGACAACAGCAUCGUACCCCUACAAGAGGCAGAAGCCAAUGGAUGCAUCGAACAACAAGCCGGCUGGCAACGGCGCUCAGAUAUCCAUCGGAGCCAUUGACAACUCGCUGUCGUGGCCUUGGAAACACCCUGAUGCGUGGCGCAGUUUCCCCUUUGGCUGGCUCUUCCUCCCAGUCGAUCUUAUCGGGCGCCCAUUCUCGCAAAAGACGCGAGACCACUUCCUACCGCUGCUGACUUCGACCGCUUGGUGGAGCCAGACGCAACUAGCCCUAAAGAGAGUCUUCCAGAUGGACGAGGACUUUCAAGAGCGCAUGUUUGCCAAGCAGAUUGCCGUCAUGAAGGGCCAGGCGUGGAACGUCGUCGAGGCGCUCAAGACGCCGGACCAUGGUCCGCUGGAGCUCACGCGCCGGGCGAGAGUCUGCGUCUGGGACGACCUGGUCGACGUGCCCGUGGCGGUGCCCAUGCGGGUGACGUCGUCGGAGCUGCGGCGGACCACGGACAUGCGCCAGUCCAUGGACGAGGCCGACAUUGCCAGCUCCGUUCCCAAUAGCCACGUCCCCGUCGACGACCUCUUGGGCCUCGCCAGCGCUCCCGUGGACAUGCCUCGCUCCGGGCGCUUCGAGAUGACCAGCCCUACGGGCGAGGACGCGCAGUCGCCCACGGAAAGCACCGUGAAUCCGAUGGACCUAGGCCCCAAUGGCCACGCCGCGAGCGCCUCGUUGACGGACCAGCUCGCCCCGCAGCCUAGGAGCACGCAGAGCUACCAGGGUCCGUCGCGGGCCCUCAACGUCUACGAGCCGGCGCGCAGCGGCCUCCGCCAGCAGAGGCGGUACUCGUUCGCCACGGCCGCGGCGCGUCGCAGCAGCAACUCCAUCGCGCAGCACCUCCACCUCCACCGUGGCGACUCGCACGAGGGGUACGACGGCGACGAUCUCGAGGGCGAUCUCGGGUACGCCGCCGCGGAGGGCCAGAUGGGCAACCAGCGCAAGGUCAUUGUGGAGCGCCUCGAGGCCGUCAAGAGCCGGAACCCCGUCUUCACCUGGUGCUGA